CGUACCCGUACCUGCUAAGUGUGACCGCUAGGCUCGGAAUAGUGCGCACGCGCCAUUCUUUCACAUGGUAUGUGUCCUUAUUCUAGCUGCGGUUGCGGCAGCGGUGGCGGUCGUUCUAGUCCUAAGACUAUGGAUAGUGUUUCGGUCCCACGAUGUUACGCCCCGGGAGUCUCUCAGUCUUUUGGUAGUGGCUGGGUCCGGUGGGCACACCACAGAGAUCCUGAGGCUACUUGGGAGCUUGUCCAGCGCCUACUCACCUAGACAUUAUGUCAUUGCUGACACUGAUAAAAUGAGUGCCAAUAAAAUUAAUUCUUUUGAACGAAAUCGAGCUGAUAGAGACCCUGGUACCAUGCAUAGAGAAUAUGUCAUUCACCGAAUUCCAAGAAGCCGUGAAGUUCAGCAGUCCUGGCUUUCCACAGUGCUCACCACGUUGCACUCCAUGUGGCUCUCCUUUCCCCUCAUUCACCAAGUAAAGCCAGAUCUGGUGUUGUGUAAUGGACCAGGAACGUGUGUUCCUAUCUGUGUAUCUGCCCUUCUCCUUGGAAUACUAGGAAUAAAGAAAGUGAUCAUUGUCUACGUUGAAAGCAUCUGCCGAGUAGAAACUUUAUCCCUCUCUGGAAAGAUUCUGAUUCAUCUCUCCGAUUACUUCAUUGUUCAGUGGCCGACUCUCAAAGAGAAGUAUCCCAAAUCUGUGUACCUUGGACGAAUUGUUUGACAAAUGAAAAUUUACAUGUGUAGAAUUUGGCAGUCAACAAUAUUUACUAUGAUAUGUUUACUGUAAAGGCUUGUGAAAGUCCUGAGAAUUAUUGAUGGUCAGAAGUAAAACAAAAAAAUGUGCAAAUAAAUCAGUGAAGAAAUUGAAUCUUCUCUUAUAAAAUAAACAUUACUACACAGUACUCAUCAACUGUUUAUUUCUUUAUACUCCAAAUUUCUUUUCUAGAUAAAAGUAUGUUUCACUAUCUGUAAGCUUUUUUUUUUACUAUUUCAGUAGUAUUUUUUAAACCUAAAUAUAGAGUUUAUGUGAUUAGUAACAUUUCCUGUUCUACAGCUUUAAAAAAAAACAAUAUUCUCCAUUGUAAAAAGAAAUGAAAAUAAAGAAAGGUAUUUCUUAGUUUUUGUUCAGAUACAACAGGCUUUAUUUCCUGUAUGGAAGCAGUGAUGUCCCCAGUGAAUUAUCUCAGCAUAAAGGAAACAGUUAUAUUAAAUUGGCUACAUGACAGUUUGCACUGUACUUGCUUCCAGAACCUUGAGCAUAACAAGUAUCUUUUCAUUCUUCAGUCUUGCUUUAUGAGUAGCUGGCUUCGAUCCAAUGUUGUUAAAAUAAAAGGUGACCACUGUCAUGGAGAAAAACUUAUCAGGAAUCUAAACUCUUAAAACAUUAA